GCUCCGUUCUUUUGUUUAUGGAAAUUGGAAAAUAUAAAAAAAAUUGUAGCUGAUUAAAUGCGAAUUGCGAAGCGAAGGUGUUUUGAAACGAAUAUUUGGAUGAAAAAUAUAAAUAACAUGUGUUGAAAUAUUUAAAGUUAAAUUAGAAACCUUGUGUAUUCUUAUGUUUCAAGUCUAAAGAGUUUUGUAAGUGUUACUACCCAACUGUCACGUAGUUGAUCUAUUAUGGCCGAAUAUUUGGCGGCUAUAUUUGGUACCGAAAAGGACAAAGUUAACUGCUCCUUUUACUUUAAAAUUGGAGCCUGUCGACAUGGGGACCGAUGUUCUCGUAUUCAUAAUAAACCUACUUUCUCACAAACUGUGUUGUUGCAAAAUUUGUAUGUGAACCCUCAGAACUCAGCCAAAUCUGCAGAUGGUAGUCACUUGGUGGUAGCAAAUGUGUCGGACGAAGAGAUGCAGGAGCACUAUGAUAAUUUCUUUGAAGACGUUUUUGUUGAAUGUGAAGACAAGUAUGGGGAAAUUGAGGAAAUGAAUGUGUGUGACAACCUUGGAGAUCAUCUAGUGGGAAAUGUUUAUAUUAAGUUUCGCCGUGAAGAAGACGCGGAGAAGGCAGUCAAUGACCUUAACAACCGUUGGUUUGGCGGGCGGCCUGUGUACGCCGAGCUGUCGCCCGUCACCGACUUCCGUGAGGCUUGCUGCCGGCAGUACGAGAUGGGAGAGUGCACCAGGAGUGGAUUCUGUAACUUCAUGCACCUCAAACCCAUCUCCAGAGAACUGAGAAGGUACCUGUACGCGCGUCGUAAGGGCGGUCGCAAGUCGCGCAGUCGGUCGCGCGAACGUCGCCGUCGCUCGCGCUCCCGGGAGCGUCGCGGUCGCGAGCCGCCGAGGAACUCGCGCUCGGGCCGAUACUAACUGUAUUGAUACUGACCGCACACAAUAGCACAGGCUAGUCUGGCAAGUUCGUUGAUGACACUCCCACGAUAUGCGGGCGAAGGGGGGAAAGACUUCGCGAGUGUGAAGUCGUGCGUGCGGGGAAGUGAGGUGCAUCAGUCGUGGGUUUUUCAUUCAUCGCUACACUACUCCCGGCCCGCGCGGGCCUUCGGGAGUGUUACGAACGAAGUUGCCAAGCUAUAUAAUGAUUAUAUCAUUGGAAUUUGGGUAUUUGACAAUUAUUUUUUAUUGUUUACAUUAAAAGCUCAGAAUACAGAAAACACCAGAAGACAUAAUAAAUAUGGUUCAAUCGUGACGUCAUUCUUCGUCAGAUCAUUUCAGAAUUUUUUUUGGUAUUUAAUUGUUAAUAUUGAUUUAAUUUUCUCGUAUGUCUCAUAAAAAUCGAUAUAUUAUAUUUAAAGUUAGUCAAAUACCCAAUUCUUAGUACCGACUGAAGAGUUUCGUACGGCAUUUGCUUUUGUUUAUGAUGAAGGUGGACUGACUGUGUGCGAUCAAUUUUAAAAUUAAGUCUUAUUUACAUUUUCGUGGUAUGGUAUAUUUUAUUUAAAUAUAAUUGUAUCAUGUUUCAGCCUAAAUUAUAGAUCUAUUACAAUAUCUGUUUAGAUAUUUUUUCGUUCCGGUAUAACUUCAUAUAAAACAAGUUAAAAUCAAUGAAAAACCCCUGAAGUUUAUGAAAUCAACUAGAAUAAGCCAGAAAUGCUUCCAUCACAACAGAAAACUUUAAAUGGUGGUUCAAUAUGUGAGGUGGAUCAAAGAAAAUUUUUUACUGGCUUUCAAAUGAAAAAAAACGCAUGAAAAUCGGUCCCUUCGUUUGUGAAUACAAUGCCAUAGACAGACAGACUUCGACGUCAAAAUUAUUGAAAGCCUUUUUUGUUGUGCUAGGGGUUAAAAAACGUCGUGAACGCUUAUAAAAUCCGAUUAUUAUGUGAAAUGAAAAUUUACUUUAUUUUUAAUGCCUCGUUUGCCAACGGUGUUCAGAAUAUGUGGCUUGAUUCGAUAGCUAAUAAUAAUAAAAUAUAGCUAUUAGCUAGACUCCGCGCCACGAAACAAGUCCCUUAGACGCGGCACUAAUGUCAUAAUGGCGUUCAUAGUCAUUUGGUAAUGGCGUUCUUAUUGUCAUUUGUGCAAGGCGCUGACAAUUUUUGUUUAGGUUUUAGCCGCGGCACUUCUUUCGUGGCACGGGGUCUAUAGAAUUCAUAUACCUAUUGUCAGUUCAUACAAAGUUUAAACCUCAAAUGUUAUUUAAAUAGUGUGCUUAUGAUUUGGAAGGUUGACGAAAUAAAAAGUACUUUUGUACUAUUUUUUUUAUUAAAUGAAAUGUUUUUUGUAGAAAAUAGAAUACCCAAACCACGAAAUGUACCGAAAUGCAGCAACUGAUAUCCACUUUUUAGGUUAUGUGACAAAGUAAUUUUCACAUACAAGAGACUCGUGCUGUCUCCCUUACAACAUUUUGACUGACAGAGACAGACAGAGAUCAUUGAUAUUUUUACAUAAGUGUAGUGUUAAAAUAUGUCUGCCGUAGAUAUGUAAUUUAUAUUUGAACUUAUAAGUUUUCUAAGAAAAUAUAUAUAGCUACUAAAAUAUUCUCUAAGGUACCUGUUGCUGUAUUUCGUAUUCUAUAAUAGUGUUAUAAUAAGAAAAUGUAAUGUAUUGCAUUAAUAAUAAGAAUUCAUUCCUAUAAA